UGGCCGUAGUUCGGCGUGUAAAUCUAAAUGUAAAUAUCGCCCCGUCUGCGGCGACACAGUGUUAUAAUACUUUGAGAGUUCGCAUUUAAAAGAAAUUCUAAAAAUAUUUCUAACGCCAAGUUAGUGUUGACUGUAAUAAUUCGCGUGUGCCUUGGCGACAAUAGCGCGCAGCAGUAGUAGCAGCAACAAGCGACGGCCAGUGCUCGCGAUAGUGCUAAACGUGAAUGCAAGGCUAAUGCAAACAAUUGAAUAAGCGCUGCCGACUGCUGCCCGCUGCCGCCGCUGCCUGCUGUAGGGAGCCACUCGACUGUAGUGCAUGGCCGUGCUCCGUGCUGGCCAAAUACAAAUCGAAGCUAGUGAAUAGUGCACGCGGCUGCAGUUGCUGACGAUAAUUGCAACCAGCUGGUGACGGUGGCCGUAGAUACCGUCGCCCGUUGUUCAUCGCCGUUGUUGCCGUUGCCGUUGCGUUGCCGACGUGGGGCUGGGGGCUCCGCCAUCGCUUUGAUCGUGAUCGUGCGUGUCUGUGUUUGCGCUAUUCGUGUGUGAGUGUGUGUGUGUGCGCGUUUAUGCAGAGACCACCGCAGUGACCAUGAAGCGACGCAUUGCUCUCAAUUCAUUGGAUGUUUACAAUAAAUACCUGAAAAUGUUUCAAUUGUACAAUUGCAAAGCGAAAUAAAGCGAAAGUCGACAGCAUGACAAAAACAGCAGCAGCAAAAACAAAACCAAAAGCAACGACAGCAACAGAAACAACAACUCGCUCUAAUUUUCUCUGACAACAAAAACAACAGCUAGAAAACAGCUGAGAAUACAUAGAAAAACCCCCCGAGCAGCCGUCGUGCACUAAGUCGAUCAGCCAUUUGUGCUCUUAAGCUUUUAAAGCUAAAAUUAAGUGAGCAAAGAAAUCAGCGAAGCAGCCAAAUCAAAAGAAAGCCAAAAGCUAAAUAAAAAGCUAAAAGUAAUUUUAAAGCUAAAAAGCCACACCAAGUGCCUCACUCUCUCUCUAUCACGUUAUCUGUCUAUCUCUCUCUCGUGCUCCUAAUGUGUUUAAGUGAAUUUAAGCCGCUCUUUGACGUCACUUGUCGGUGUUGUUGGCGGCGCCGUCUCUGCCUCUGCCCGCGCCUCUGCCUCUGCUAGUGUCAGUGCCUGUGCCUCUGUGUCUCACCUUGCGCCUGACCCGCCGUCCUAGCAGGCCGCCGCCACUUUUAAUCGCAUCGCGCGCAUCUUUCCCAAAUGCGUUUCGUGUCGGUUUUUGUUGUUUUUUUACUCUCGUCUCAUUGCCCCCAAGACGCGUGACUUGGGCUUUUAAGCUUACGAGCUCACAUGUACAUAUGCAACUGCAUGUGUGUGUACGUGUGUGUCUGUGGAGCAGCAGCAGCAUUUAAUUGGAUCUGGAUCUGGAUUAUUCAUUUGCACACAGCUGAAUAUUAUGGAAAAGGCGAAAGCGUACAUUAAAAAUGAACUUCGUGGCAGCAGCGCACCACUGCAAUCCGAGCCAACAGCAACACCACCACCAACGAUGCCGCCGGGGCAGAGUCAGCACGCGGUCGGCGCGGAGCUGAUGCCAUCGCCGCUCGGUGGCUAUCACAAUAAUAUGCAGCAAUAUUAUCCAGCGCCAGUCCGGUCCACGGGCCGUGCUUCGGCGCCGCCCGAGCACAUGACCGCAUCCGUUUGCUUUGUGUGCGGCGGACAUGGCAGCUACGAGGCAUUGCGCGUGCGCGCCAAUCCGGAGCGACCGAGCGAGCCGCAUUUUCCGUUCCUGGAGCGGCACGAGCCGCCGCAGGGUGUGCCGCCCGUGGCAGCCGGCCAAAUGUACGUGAUGGCCUGCAUGCUGUGCUUCCGCCUGCUGCACGAGCAAUGGGAGGCGUUCGAGAGGCAGAAGAAGCCGCUGCUGCAGCGCAUUUAUCACAUGAAGCGCGUGGAUGGCAAGGGCUACAUUGGCGCCGAUGUGGCCACGCAGAGCGAGUAUGCGGCCCAAAUGCUGGGCCUCAGCGCCGAGCACCUCAGCCAGAACGGACUUGCUGAGCUGCAGAAUGCGGCGGCAGCGCCUCCAAUGGAUCCGUAUGCCUUGGGCAGGCAUUAUGCUGCUGUUGGGGCGCCGCCGGCUGUGUCGCCGCAGCAGCAUCAGCAGCCACACCAUAGUACCUCAAGGAACACCUCGCCCGACUAUUAUCCUCGCAAUGCCACGCCCACUAGCCACAGCCAGGGCUACAGCAAUCACAAAUACCUGAGCCGGCCGCAGUCGCGAGAUAUGCAGCUGCCAUCGCCCCUGUCGCGGCCGCCCAGCGAGCCGCCAGCUCGCACCUCGGCCGGCUCCAGCUCCAACUUUGCGCAGCACAAGUUUAAGCUGGCCCAGCAUAGCUAUCAGCAGCCAGCGCCGCCCCAGUCGCCGGCGCAGUACCAGCCCGCCCAGUACCAGCAGCUGCAGCAGCAGACGGCCGCCUAUCACAUGCUGCAGCAGGUGGCCGCCGUCUCGGGCGAGCCGCAGGCCCAUUACAAAGGCAAUCCGUAUAGCGCGCUGCCCGGCGUCGGGUCUAGCCUGCCGCUGAGCGCGCAGCCGCCCAGCCUGGAGGAUGACAACGCCACGGUGCUGGAUUUGCGUAAUUCAUCAGCGGUAAAUGCCGCACCUGCCGCAAUGCCCACGCCUGUGGUCACGCCCACGCCUCGCAGUCAGACGGGCAGUGCAUCCGCAUCCACUGCCGAGGUGGGCAUUCUAGAUCUGUCCAUGCCCGACAAGAACUCCAUUACGGAAGUCUGCUAUGUGUGCGGCGAUGAGCAGCGUCGCGGCAGCCUCGUCGAGCUGAGCACCGUCAAGCCAAAGGAAUCCCGGCUCGGUCAGUCGGUUGCCUACUUUCCGCUCUUCAACGAACAGCAUCCGCGACCAGCGCGUUCGCGUCCCAAGGAUCCACGCGGCAUGAUUCAGGCCUGCAUGCCCUGUUACGAGGAUCUCAUGCAGCAAUGGAAUGCACAUCAGGCUGCUCACACGCCGGAGUCGCAACGGUCGUAUAUGCUGCGCAAGCGCUCGACGCCGGCGCCAGUGACGGAGCGGACGACUUUUGUGUGCUACACUUGCGGCACGGAUACGCCCUCCUCGCAGCUGCGACUGGUCUACUGCUGUCCCAACACAGAACGCGAGCCCUACUAUCCGUUCAUCAAGACCAUGAAGCCCUUCAAAAAUGCUAGUCCCAUCAGUCCACAGGGCAUGGUGCAAAUCUGUGCCGGCUGCUGCGAGAAGCACAGCAGCCAGGCCGAGGGCGGCCCCCCAGUACCUGCCACCUCGGAGUCUGGAGCCACGCAGUCCCUGGAGUCCAGCUCGGCCAUGUACAGCGCCAGCGGCGCCAUUGCUGGCAAUCAUGUAACGGCAUUUGUGAGUCGCAAUUCGCCCUCGGAGAAGUCGCUCGCCAAUUCAGACUCGACGAGCAAUGUGCGCUUCAAGCCGUACGAAACCUGCUCGAACAAUUCGAACUCAAAUACGGCGCGCGACUUCAAGCAGAUCCGACGCAACGACUCGAGGCCCAGUUCGCCCAGCUCAACCCAGGGACAUAUCGAGAAUGGCCACGCCCAGUAUCCAUGCUCCAUUUGCAAAGUUCUCUGGCCGUCCAAUAAAAUGGAUUGGCUCUAUACUAGCGCCGAGCACAUGAACUCGCAUGCCAUGCACUUUCCCUGUCUCAAGGGCAAUGUCAGCAGCAAUAGUAAUGGUCUUAGCAACAACAACAACAACAAUAAUAAUAAUAACAACAAUAAUAACAACGAACUGAAUAACAAUCGUGUGUUAGCCUGCAAGGAUUGCAUCAACUACUUAACCAGCCAGUGGGAAUCAAUGGAUGCGGAGCGUGUUCCAUUGGAGCACAGAAGAUACAAAAUACCCUCGCCCAUGCUGAGCUCCAGUUCGCCGAAUGGAUCUCGCCACGGCGCCAUGAGCACCUGUACGCCGCCCUCAACACCUUCGGUCUCCUCGUCAACGCCAGCCAGCACAUCAAUCUACUGUUUCCUCUGUGGCCUGCACUCGGAUCUAACACUAGCCAGAAUUCUAUACGGCAGCAAAGAGGGCUCAAGACCUUAUUUUCCAUUGUUGCUGAAGCACAAUUCGUUGCCAAAUGCCGAACAGCUGAGAAACAAUUCAGCUCUAGUCUGCACAUUUUGCUAUCAUUCCAUGCUGAAUCAGUGGCGCAAAUAUGAAGCUCAAAGUCCCAGCGUUAAUCCAGCGGAUAGAAAAUACAAUUGGCAUGAUUACAAUUGCCAUUUGUGCGGCAUUACGACUUAUAGAAAGCGGGUGCGAGCGCUGCCCGUCAAUGAGUUUCCGUUCGUUAAGCAUCAGAAGAGCGACGAUGGACUUUUGCUAGAGAAUGGAGAAUACGCCGUGGUAUGCCUGGACUGCUAUGAGAGCUUGAGGCAACAGGCGUCGCAGCAUGAUCGCUUUGGGGUGCCCAUCUCUAGGCGGGCCUACAACUGGGUGCCCCAGCCGCCGCCACCGGAGGACAGUCCCGAUGUCUCAGUGGCUCGUCUGCCCUGCGGCGAACGUUCUGAUCGCGUCCUUAUGAGUAACGCACUGAGGCCCAUUCCAAGCAAGAAGACAACGUCGCCAAAGCAAUACGAAAAGUCUAAAGAAGUGCCGCCCAAGGCUGGCCAGAAGCGACCGGCCACCAGCCCGGCGCCCCACAUACCCGUGCCGCAUCAUCUGCAGACGCCGCCGAACGCGGGCAGCGUGCCGGGCGCAUCCGUUGGGAAUAGUCCGGCUCCGCCGACGUCGAGCGGUGCACUGCUGAACCACGCCCUGCCCACCAACCACCAUAGCGCCCAGUCGCCCCAGCAGCAACAGCAGCAGCAGCAGCAGCAACAGCAGCAACAACAACAGCAGCAGCAGCAGCAGCAUCAGGCGCAUCAGCAGGCUGUAGCUGCCGCUGUGCAGCAGCAGCUGGCGGGCGUGGGCGUGCCACCGGGCGCCAUCAAUGCAGCCUCAGCGGCCAACGCACGCGGCUCAUUCGCCGCGGCGCUGCGCACACUGGCCAAGCAGGCGGACAUCAAGGAGGAGGACGAUGCGGUCAAUGUGGCCCGGGAGCGCAAUGUGCCCACAUCAGCGGCACCACCGAUGCCGCCCAACGCCGGCCCCGUACCUGUGCCGCUCAACUCGGUGGCCGGACGCGGCGGAGUCUCAUCCGCCGAGGAUCGCGUGGCGGCGAACAAGAAGCGUUCGCCGCCAUCGCCGCAGCCGCCAGAGAAAAUGGCCCGGCUGAGUCAUACGCCGCAGGCAGCUAUGCAGCCGGAGCUGCUGGCACGCAGUGGAUUCCAGCCCUACAGAUCUGAUGAGCGACUGAUGCAUCCGGCAGGUGCCUUUCCCCUGGAGGCCUACUCGCACUUUGCCGGCCUGCCCGGCAUUCCUCCAGCAGCAUUUCUGAAUCCGGCGGCUGGUCUGCCCUACUCGGAUCCGCUGUACUUGGAGCAUCGCUACCAGCUGUUUCGUGCGGCCGGCGGCCAUCAUGGGCAUCCGCAUGCAGCGGCGCUCUACCCCCCCAUGGCCUCACCCUAUUCGCAUCUGUACUCGAUGAUGCCCGGCGCAGCGCUGGGCAUGUCGCCGGCAAUGCACGACCGCCUUAAGCUGGAGGAGGAGCAUCGGGCGCGUCUGGCGCGCGAGGAGGAGCGAGAGCGUGAGCUGCAGCGCGAAAAGGAACGGGAGCUGCGUGAGCAGCGCGAGAAGGAGCAGCGCGAGCGGGAACGGGAGCAGCGUGAACGGGAGCGGGAGCAGCGCGAAAAGGAGCAGCGCGAGAAGGAGCAGAAGGAGAAGGAGGCGCGCGAGCGCAAAAUGCGCGAGGAGGAGCGCGAGGCCAGAGAGCGUGAGCGCCAGCAGCUGCUGAACGCCACGCACCACUACUCCAACCAGCUGUACGCGCCGCUCAAUCGCAACCUGCUCGGCUCCAUGAUGCCGCACAUCAAUCUGGGCCUGCGCGGCCCGCCCGCCGGCCUGCACGGUCUGGCUGGCAUGUCGCACUAUCACGCGGCGGCUGCCAAUGCGCAGCGCCAGAGCCCGAUGGGGCUCAAUCUGGGCAUGGCCGGCAUGCCGACAUUGCCGGGCCACGGACCCGCCAAUCUGCAGCAUCACUUGCAGCAGGCCAUGGGUCUCGCUGCUCAUCCAGGGGCUGGGCUCACCCAUCCAGGCUUCUCGGCAGCCGCGGCGCUCGGCCUGGGCCCGCAUCCACACAGCCUCAAUCUGAGCCAUCCGCACCUCUCGCCGCAUCAUGCGGUGCACCAGCUGCCGCCGCACUCUGUCGCCAGCUCGUCGGCUGGGCCCAGUCCCGGGGUGGUGGCCAGCAGUGCGGUGGCCACGUCGUCGUCGCCGCACAGCAGCCUUAACCUGACGGUGGCCACCAGCAGCAUGGCUCAGACCACGUCCACGCCCAGCUCGCACAUUCCGACCAUGAGCCACUACUACCACCAUGGACACCUGGCCGCCAUGCACGCAGCAGCGGCUGCCAGCGGCCUCACUCCUGUCGCCGCCCAUCAGCAGCCGCUUAGUGGCGCUGCGCAUCCGACGUCGCCGAAGAUUACGCCACCCCUAGGCUCGGCCCCCAAUGGAGGCUCGCGCGCCGCUAGCAGCCCCCACGCCAUGCGACACCAUAUUGCCGCCGUUGUCGCAGCCGCUGCCCAGCAGCAGUCGCAGCAGCUCAUGGAGAAGAGCGGAGGCGCGGCACCGACGCCGCUCACGCACGAGCCGGCGACGCUAGACCUGACCGGCUCCAAUUCGAAUUCGAGCAACCAGGCCCAGUCGAGUGCCAGCAAUAGCACAUCCGCUGCGCAUGAGCUGAACGGCAUCGAGUCGAACGGGCCCACGGACGGCAAGGAGCCCACUUCACUGGCGGUCGGCAAGGAGGAUCCACUACAGAGCGCCACGCCCCCGGUGGCACUCGAGAAGAAGCCGGCCACGCCGAAUGCCAGCGCCAAUCAGGAGAAAACGCUGCUGCCGGACAGCUCGCCGGAGAACUCGUCCCGUCGCAGCGCGAGUCCACCUAACGCGGACAACAACAGCAGCAGCAACGCCAACACCAACGUCACCAACAACAACUCGAGCGGCGCAACAGCCACUGGAGCGGCGACUGGCGGCUCACAAGAGGACAACAAAAGUUCGGUGCAGUCACUCGGUCGCAGCACUACUGCUGAGGAGGCUACAGCCUUAUGACAUCAGCUCUUCAGCAACUCGAACAACUAACUAAUGAAAAACUUUGGCGAUAUUGGGAUGUAUCUCCUGUCGGAACGGGCGCUGCACCAGCAGCGCAAGCGAAUGCUCGAUGAGUUUCUAAAGCUUUAGGGUUUACGCUGGACAAUUGGCUGUAUCGCCGCCAUAUAAACGUACAUUAAUAUGCAUACCUACUAGUGUGUAAAACCCUCUUAGCGGAUAUCACAUAUUUGUUUGUUCUCUCGGUGUUACAAUCUAAUGUUAAUCCAAAGUUAGCCACAAUUCCACAAACUCGAUGUAUUUGAAUGUGUGAAUUCGUGUCAAGAUCAACUACAAUUGCAUGAAAUGUAAAGUUAAUACUGUAUAAAUAUAAAUAUAUAUAGAAAUAUAAAUAUAAAUAUUGUGAGAUACUCAAUUUAAUAAUUAUAUGAUUAAUUACAUUACAAAUAAUACUUUGUCUAAUCAAAGAACUCUGAAUGUAUGGAAACUCACACUCUAGAACACAAUCCUUGCGAUUUAAUGAUAGUUGUACAAUUUUAGAUUAAAAAGCUCGUAAGAAAUUUAUAUAUAUACAAAACAAAAUAGAAACAGUAACAGAACUUUCAAACUGAAUAGUUAUAUUUUAUUCUUAAAUUGCUAAUAAUUGUGAUUUUGGAGAGUACGAAAAAAACGUAAAGAACAAAAAAUUAUAAAAAUGUGUGUAUUAUGUAAAUUGAACACAACUACAAGGUGGAUAAAACGGAACUGACAUUUAGGUAAAAACAAAAGAAAAGAAAAAAAAACAGAAAUAUAAAACAAAUCAAAAUGUGUAAUCUGGAACGGAUUAGCAAAAAAUGCGAAAAGCUUAAAUUAUUUUUCGAAAUUUUCGAAUUUUUGUACCAUAUUAUGUGAGCAACUUUUUGGCCCUUAUAAACGGAGUUUCUAUUUUCUAUUUUCAGUUUUUAUACAAGCAAAUUUUAUAAUGAUAUAAUUGAAACAGAUGCAGACUAACCAAGUAAUUACUUAGCCAAUAUUCAGAGCUAAGCAAAACCCUUAAGAUACCCAGCCACACCACAUUCAUUAUUAUGUACCAAAAAUAUCAUUGCCAUUAUAUUUAAUUAUUAUAUAUACCCAAUUGAUGCAUACAUAUUAAGUAGCAAAUAUCUGAUAUCCAAACAAAAUUCAGACAUAACUAUAUUUAAUUUAAUUUAAGUAUCAGUUUUAGUUUAUGUUUGAGAUUGCCUAAAAAUCAUUUAUUUUUUUAAGCAUACAAAUCUCGAGCAAUCUGUGAUAUUAUAAAAAGAAAAGAAAUGGAAAACAAAAAGAAAAAGAAAACUCGACAAAUUAUAGCGUACGAAGCAUCGAGCUAAUAUCUAUAAAUUGAAUAUAACUCAUUAUCGUCGCAUUGAUCGCAAGACUCUCCGAAUAUAUUUCCAUGCCCAUCCAGACUAUGCAAAUCCCAUAUUUUUUUCUCUUAUUGAUACAAUCUUAUCAAAGGCAUAAAAACAAAAAUAAAUGGAAAAAAAAACUUACAUAAAUGUGGGUAUGAAUAUAUCAGUUAAACUGAAAAUGAAUAUAUUUUUAUUAAGUACACUAGCUUACAAGACUUUCGAUCUAUCUUGAUACAAAAAUUUCUCGGUUCACUUCGAAUAAAUCUUUUCAGUUCUCAUAUCAGCCAAAAAAGUUUUUUAAAGAAACGAUUGUCAGAAACUUAAGAUCGGAACAUUUGAUUGAAGCUUGUAAGCUAGCGAAUAAUAUCAAAAUAGUUCUUGGAUAAUGGAUAAUACAAUACGGAUAAUGAAUUGGUGCGCAUAAAAUAUAUGUAAACUUAAUCCACAAAAUGCGAAAGCAAUUGAAAUAUAAAUAAUGCAUAAUAGUUUCAAAUACAAACCUAAACAAAAUACAUAAAUUAAACGUAUUUCUCCCUCAAUCUUCGUUGUGUGUGUAAAACAGAAUACAGAAAAAAAAAAAAAAAAAAAAAAAAAAAAAAAAAAAAACAAACAAAAAAACAAAACGUGUAAAACAUAAUUUUUAAGCUAACCAAACAACAAAUCCAAAUAGAGAUCAUUGAGCAGCAUAUUUUGAGCAACAAAUGCCGUUAACCGUAAACGUCGAUGCCAUGAUUAUAGCAAUAAUAUGCAUCCACCAACAACCAACACAUCCAGUAACUACAAAUGAUGUCGUGUGACACAUGCAACAAAUUAUAACAAACAAUCUUGUGCAACUUUACUUAAGGCAUUUAUGAUUUUAUUGAAUAAACUGUACGUAAGAGAUUAAACUGAAGUGGUUUUAAUUGAUCAAUAAUUU